AUGUCACCUCCAUUGAUAAGGACUGGCGCAACCACGCACAGCCUGACACCACGCAACGAUACAAUCAGCGUCACACCGCUCGUCAUAGUGCCCAUGCUCUGCGCCGCCAUCUUCGCCCUCAUCCUCUACUACACGUGCAAGCGAGAACGCGAGUACGCCGAUGCCGUUGCCACCGGCCGUCGCUCACCCCGGUCGCAAAGUUCGUGGGACAGCACCGGAACUUGGGUCCGUGAGGUUCGACGCGAGACAGGCAAGAAUCCGAAUAAGAAAACGCGCCGUUCUGGAGGAAGGCGGGCCAGAGAGCUUAGAGAUCAGAGAGGAGAGAAGACGGCAUGGGCGCCCAAAAGUGCUACAACAACGACGACCGGAGGCAGCACGAGAUCUACAAAGUCUUCCAUCGUGGACCAGCUGUUUCGAGUGUCGAGCAAGCACUUGGCGAUGGAAUCGCCGGUCUUCAAAGCGAUGUUGGGUCCAAAUUGGCUGGAAGGACACACAACCUACACCGCCGAACAUCCACUGGAUCUGCCUGAGGACAGCUCCUGUUGCAUGGUCGAAGACCCAGACGACAUCCCCUUUCAACAUCUACCAAACGUGCUGAUUCAUUGCGAUAAAUACACAUGCAUUAAACUCUCUAUCUUCUGGUCGAAAACUGUAUAUGCGGCCUGGAAAGCGAAAGUCUGCAAUGCUGAGAGUGACAGUGCCGAAGAGACCCCUAUCAGUGCAGCUCUUCCAGGACUUUGUAUCGCUUACAUCCUCGACAAGGCGGAGGAGUUCCGUCUCCUACUCGAGUGGCUGUGGGAACAUAGAUCCGAAAGCAGAAUCAGAGCCACAAAGAUCAGUCUGCUUACCAUAAUGGCCCCAGAUUUUCUAGACCGCAUUAGUUGCGCGAUUCAGCACAUCACAGAGUCCGCCGUGGAAGAUAUGCGAAAACCCGUUGAAGACACAAUGAUGUACAUGGUCCGGAGACGGCGUCCCUGUGAGCACAGGCAGAUGGACUUGGGCAACUGCUAUCGAGCCAUUCAACAGCACGACCUCGAAUCUUCGGACCUCAAUAUUUACCUCUCCGGCGGGGGCCUGUGCACAGCUUUCAGGAAGACCCUGAACGGCUUGCACGAGCAAUUACUAGCAACGGAACAAGCCUGUGGUGGGGGCUGCCUCUUCGAUGUUGCUCACAGGGCCUCCGUCGGCUGGUGUGUCCUCGACAAUUUCGCUGUCUGUCUACACCACUUCAAAAGCAAGACCAAUGUUCCGUAUUCAGGUUGCACCGACUGCCAUAUCACCUUGCAGCGCAUGAAGUCAAUUCUCCUAGAUACGAGGCUUCGGGAGUAA